CAGGCUGACAGGCACAAACGUCAGCCAGUGAGAGCUAGAGGCAUCCUCCCUACGGCCAAUGAAGCGGGGCUCUGGGCGGGCUCCCGAGUGUUUGUGUUGUGGUUUUGGGGGAGGGAGGCGGAGGGGAAAGUUUGUUUAUUUUGUUUUUAGUUUCUGGGGUCCCCGUGCUUCAGGAAGGUGAAGCGGGAGAGAGUGACCCCCCCGCACCCCUCAGUCCCCCAGCGACGUCGCCUCCAUAGCCUUGCGGAGAAGCGAGAGCCGCGGUCAUCGCCCGACCUGCUCACGGCGAACCGCCGCGCUCCGGGAGCCGGCGCGGCUGGGCGGGUUUUGGGUUUUUUGCACUGAAUGUAACCUAGACUCAUCGUCUCUGGCUGGUGUUGCCCCAGGAUACUGUCAAAGGCAGUGUUUUGCGUUUCUGCAAAGUUUUGCACAGUGUCUGUUCCCAUGCAAACCAAUGAAGGAGAAGUGUCAGAAGAAAGCAGCUCCAAGGUGGAACAGGAGGAUUUUGUAAUGGAAGGGCAUGGCAAGACUCCACCUCCUGGUGAAGAAAGCAAACAAGAGAAGGAGCAAGAAAGGGAAGAACAGUUAAUGGAAGACAAGAAAAGGAAGAAAGAGGAUAAGAAGAAAAAGGAAGCCACUCAGAAGGUCACGGAACAAAAAACCAAAGUGCCCGAAGUGACGAAACCAAGUUUAAGCCAACCAACGGCCGCCAGCCCAAUUGGCAGCUCUCCAUCGCCACCAGUCAAUGGUGGCAACAAUGCCAAAAGGGUGGCCGUGCCGAACGGACAGCCGCCAAGCGCCGCCCGCUACAUGCCUCGGGAGGUGCCGCCGCGAUUCCGUUGCCAGCAGGACCACAAAGUGUUACUAAAACGUGGGCAGCCCCCUCCACCGUCCUGCAUGCUCCUCGGGGGCGGGGCGGGGCCUCCUCCCUGCACAGCACCUGGAGCAAACCCAAACAACGCACAAGUGACAGGAACGCUGCUGCAGAGCGAGAGUGGGACUGCACCAGAGUCAACCCUUGGAGGUGCUGCUGCUUCAAAUUAUGCAAAUUCCACUUGGGGCCCGGGAGCCUCCUCCAACAACGGCGCCUCCCCCAACCCAGUUCACAUCUGGGACAAGGUGAUUGUAGACGGGUCUGACAUGGAAGAGUGGCCUUGUAUUGCCAGCAAAGACACUGAAUCUUCUUCCGAAAACACCACCGAUAACAACAGUGCCUCGAACCCUGGCUCUGAGAAGAGCACUCUGCCAGGAAGCACCACUAGUAACAAAGGCAAAGGGAGCCAGUGCCAGUCUGCGAGUUCUGGGAACGAAUGUAAUCUUGGGGUUUGGAAAUCUGACCCUAAGGCUAAAUCUGUUCAAUCUUCCAACUCUACUCCAGAGAGCAACAGUGGACUAGGAAAUUGGAGGAAUGUGAGUGGUCAGGAUCGAAUUGGACCUGGCUCUGGCUUCAGCAACUUUAACCCAAAUAGCAACCCAUCUGCCUGGCCAGCGCUGGUCCAAGAAGGAACCUCUAGGAAAGGGGCAUUGGAAACAGAUACUAGUAAUUCCAGUGCACAGGUUAGCACAGUAGGUCAGGCAUCCAGGGAACAGCAGUCAAAGAUGGAAAAUGCGGGUGUUAAUUUUGUUGUCUCUGGCAGAGAACAGGCUCAAAUUCAUAACACUGAUGGACCAAAAAAUGGAAACACUAACUCCUUGAACUUAAGUUCACCAAACCCCAUGGAGAAUAAGGGAAUGCCCUUUGGAAUGGGCUUGGGGAACACCUCCAGGAGCACUGAUGCCCCUUCACAAAGCACUGGAGAUCGAAAGACUGGGAGUGUUGGAUCUUGGGGUGCAGCUAGGGGUCCUUCUGGAACUGACACAGUCUCUGGACAAAGUAAUUCUGGAAACAAUGGGAACAAUGGAAAAGAGAGAGAGGACUCCUGGAAAGGAGCUUCUGUUCAGAAAUCAAGUGGGUCUAAAAAUGACUCUUGGGACAAUAAUAACAGGUCUACGGGUGGGUCCUGGAACUUUGGCCCUCAGGACUCUAAUGACAACAAAUGGGGUGAAGGGAACAAAAUGACAUCUGGGGUCUCUCAGGGAGAAUGGAAACAGCCGACUGGGUCUGAUGAGUUGAAAAUUGGAGAAUGGAGUGGUCCAAACCAACCAAAUUCUAGCACUGGAGCAUGGGACAAUCAAAAGGGCCACCCCCUUCCUGAAAACCAAGGCAAUGCCCAGGCUCCCUGUUGGGGAAGAUCUUCCAGCUCCACAGGAAGUGAAGUUGGAGGACAAAGCACUGGAAGCAACCACAAAGCAGGAAGUAGCGACAGUCAUAAUUCUGGCCGUCGGUCGUACAGGCCCACACAUCCUGAUUGCCAGGCUGUCUUGCAGACUCUUUUGAGCCGAACUGAUUUGGACCCCAGGGUGCUCUCAAACACUGGCUGGGGCCAAACUCAAAUUAAGCAGGACACAGUGUGGGACAUUGAAGAGGUGCCAAGGCUUGAGGGGAAAACUGACAAAGGAACUGAGGGGUGGGAGAGCGCUGCCACACAGACCAAGAACUCAGGGGGCUGGGGAGACGCACCCAGCCAAAGCAAUCAAAUGAAGUCUGGAUGGGGGGAGCUCUCAGCCUCGUCAGAGUGGAAAGACCCCAAGAACACAGGAAGCUGGAAUGACUAUAAGAACAACAACUCUUCUAACUGGGGAGGAGGAAGACCAGAUGACAAGACUCCUUCCACUUGGAAUGAGAAUUCCAGCAAGGAUCAGGGGUGGGGAGGAGGCCGCCAGCCCAAUCAGGGGUGGACUUCUGGGAAGAAUGGUUGGGGAGAGGAAGUUGAUCAAGUGAAAAACAGCAAUUGGGAAAGUACCGCAAAUAAGCCUGUGUCUGGGUGGGGUGAAGGCGGGCAGAAUGAAAUUGGAACUUGGGGGAAUGGGGGGAAUGCAAGCCUAGCUUCAAAAGGUGGGUGGGAAGAUUGCAAAAGAUCCCCUGCGUGGAAUGACACAAGCAGGCAGCCCAAUUCCUGGAAUAAACAACACCAACCGCAGCAGCCACCGCAGCAGCCACCGCCGCCACAACCAGAGGCUUCUGGUUCAUGGGGAGGGCCGCCCCCACCACCUCCGGGCAGUGUUCGACCUCCUAAUUCCAACUGGAGCAGUGGACCCCAGCCCACAGCCCCUAAGGACGAGGAGCCCAGUGGUUGGGAAGAGCCAUCCCCACAGUCAAUUAGUCGGAAGAUGGACAUUGACGAUGGCACCUCAGCUUGGGGAGACCCUAACAGUUACAACUACAAGAAUGUGAACCUGUGGGAUAAGAAUUCCCAAGGGGGCCCAGCACCUCGAGAACCAAACCUGCCCACCCCCAUGACCGGAAAAUCAGCAUCGGUCUGGAGCAAAAGCACACCACCUGCUCCAGAUAAUGGGACUUCAGCCUGGGGUGAGCCGAAUGAAAGCAGUCCUGGGUGGGGCGAAAUAGAUGAUGCCGGAGCAUCAACCACAGGCUGGGGAAACACACCUGCCAGCGCUCCCAAUGCCAUGAAACCCAAUUCCAAAUCUAUGCAAGAUGGCUGGGGGGAGAGCGAUGGGCCGGUCACAGGAACUCGCCAUCCCAGCUGGGAAGAGGACGACGACGGAGGAGUCUGGAACACCGCCGGCUCUCAGGGAAGCGCUUCCUCCCACAACUCAGCAAGCUGGGGACAAGGAGGAAAGAAGCAAAUGAAGUGCUCACUAAAAGGAGGAAACAAUGAUUCAUGGAUGAAUCCUCUUGCCAAACAGUUCUCAAAUAUGGGAUUGCUGAGUCAAACUGAAGAUAAUCCAAGCAGCAAAAUGGAUUUGUCUGUAGAUAAGAAAUUUGAUGUGGACAAGCGAGCAAUGAAUCUCGGGGAUUUUAAUGAUAUCAUGAGGAAGGAUCGAUCUGGGUUCCGUCCACCUAAUUCCAAAGACUUGGGAACCACAGAGAGUGGGCCUUAUUUUGAGAAGCUGACUUUGCCUUUCUCCAAUCAAGAUGGGUGCCUUGGGGAUGAGGCUCCCUGCUCUCCCUUCUCCCCUUCUCCCAGCUACAAGCUGUCUCCCUCUGGUUCCACACUACCCAACGUCAGCCUUGGAGCAAUCGGCACAGGGCUCAACCCCCAAAACUUCGCUGCUAGACAAGGCGGCAAUCAUGGUUUAUUUGGAAACAGCACAGCACAAUCGAGGGGCCUGCACACACCAGUGCAGCAAAUGAGUUCUUCUCCUGGUCUCCGGGCGCAAGUGCCUCCCCAGUUUAUCUCCCCCCAGGUUUCUGCCUCAAUGCUCAAGCAGUUUCCCAACAGUGGCCUGAACCCAGGUCUUUUCAACGUGGGGCCCCAGUUAUCUCCUCAACAAAUCGCCAUGCUGAGCCAGCUUCCGCAGAUUCCCCAGUUCCAGUUGGCUUGUCAGCUUCUCCUGCAGCAGCAGCAGCAGCAACAGUUGCUCCAGAACCAGAGAAAGAUUUCUCAAGCCGUGCGCCAGCAACAAGAGCAGCAGCUGGCUCGAAUGGUGAGCGCACUACAGCAGCAGCAGCAGCAGCAACAGCGACCACCAAGCAUGAAGCACUCGCCCUCUCAUCCGGUUGGGCCCAAGCCACAUCUGGACAACAUGGUACCCAACGCACUGAAUGUGGGGCUCCCAGACCUUCAGACCAAAGGGCCAAUCCCUGGAUAUGGUUCUGGCUUCAGCUCUGGUGGUAUGGACUAUGGCAUGGUUGGUGGGAAGGAGGCUGGGACUGAGUCUCGCUUCAAACAAUGGACCUCCAUGAUGGAAGGACUGCCCUCUGUGGCCACACAGGAAGCCACCAUGCAUAAAAACGGCGCUAUCGUGGCCCCUGGUAAGACCCGAGGAGGGUCACCAUACAACCAGUUUGACAUCAUCCCAGGUGAUACACUGGGUGGCCAUACGGGUCCUGCUGGUGAUAGCUGGUUACCUGCCAAAUCUCCACCAACGAAUAAAAUUGGAAGUAAAUCCAGCAAUGCCAGUUGGCCUCCAGAAUUCCAACCAGGAGUGCCAUGGAAAGGUAUCCAAAAUAUUGACCCUGAAUCUGAUCCCUAUGUCACCCCAGGAAGUGUGCUGGGGGGUACCGCCACAUCUCCCAUUGUAGAUACUGACCACCAACUGCUGCGGGAUAACACCACAGGGUCUAAUUCUUCCCUCAACACCUCGCUGCCUUCACCUGGUGCCUGGCCCUACAGUGCCUCUGACAACUCCUUCACCAACGUUCAUAGCACUUCAGCAAAGUUCCCUGAUUACAAAUCCACGUGGUCCCCAGAUCCUAUAGGACACAACCCCACUCAUCUCUCCAACAAGAUGUGGAAAAACCAUAUCUCCUCCAGGAACACUACACCGCUGCCCCGCCCACCUCCCGGCCUGACCAACCCCAAACCGGCAUCUCCCUGGAGCAGCACAGCACCCCGAUCUGUCAGGGGGUGGGGGACCCAGGAUUCCCGGCUUGCCUCAGCCUCUACCUGGAGUGAUGGUGGCUCAGUUCGUCCUAGUUACUGGCUCGUUCUUCACAAUCUCACUCCACAGAUUGAUGGGUCAACCUUGAGAACGAUCUGCAUGCAGCAUGGUCCACUGCUGACAUUCCAUCUGAAUCUAACCCAGGGCACUGCCCUGAUCCGAUACAGCACCAAACAGGAGGCGGCCAAGGCCCAAACUGCACUGCACAUGUGUGUGUUGGGAAACACUACCAUCCUGGCUGAGUUUGCUACCGAUGAUGAAGUUAGCCGCUUUUUGGCACAAGCUCAGCCCCCUACACCUGCAGCAACCCCCAGCGCACCAGCCGCAGGGUGGCAGUCCCUGGAAACCGGCCAGAACCAGUCAGAUCCCAUUGGACCUGCGCUGAACCUUUUCGGUGGGUCCACUGGGCUCGGGCAGUGGAGCAGCAGUGCCAGUGGCAGCAGCGGGGCCGAUCUUGCUGGCGCUUCGUUGUGGGGGCCCCCAAACUAUUCUUCUAGCUUGUGGGGAGUCCCAACGGUAGAAGAUCCCCAUAGGAUGGGCAGCCCGGCUCCUUUACUACCUGGUGACCUUCUGGGAGGAGGGUCGGAUUCAAUCUGAACUUAGAACUUUCAACUCUGACCUCGUGACCUUUUUUGGAACAGCAGCAGCACUAACUUGACCUUUUCGUUUUUUUUUUCAACUUGCAAUAAAUACAUUUUUAAAAGGAAAAAAGAAAACGGAGAGAGGAAAAAAAAAAAAGGUGGGUCAUUGACAGACUGUCUGAGCACAUAGUUGCCUCCCUUAUAACUUCAGUUUUUCGUUUGGAAUCUGAAUCCAAAAAGAGAACAUAUCACUCUUGAAAUACUUGAAUCAUGAACGCCAACCUAGAAAGACAAUGUGAAGCAAGUACACAUACCAUUUAAAUUUAAACACAAAAAAUUAAAAAAAUUAGUUUCUAGUUUUUCACUUUUUUCAUGUUAUAUGGAAGUUGUUGCUAAGAAACAUAUAUACUGAAAAAAAAAUAGCUUUUUAACUUUGUUUGCACUGGGUGUGUUUCCGUCCUUAGGUCUACCAUGUUUGGGUGGGAGGGAAAUUCAAAAGAAUUGUUGGGGGGGGGGGGAGGGAAGACUUGACGGAGCCUCACUUUAAAAACAAAAACACAAAAAACCUAAAAAAAGAAAAAAAAGAAAAAAGAAAAAAUUUGUGAUUGGCUGGUUGAUAAAUACCAGUGUGUUCUGGCACAUGUAACUGCCCAGGCAUGCUCGUUCUGGUAUGUGUGUGCACGUGUGUCCAUGUGCAUCCGUGUGCAUCUUCCUCUCUGUGUCUGUGUGUGUGCCUGUGUCCUGCCCCCCCUCCCCCACCCCCGACUUCUCAGAAAGCUGCAUUGCUGACAGUCCGCAGGCUGGCUGGCCGGCAUCUGCAUCGGCUUUUUUAUUUCCUAAUUUUUUUUAACCAUGAGAACACACGCGCACGGGAAGCCACUACAACUCAAGCCAUCGGAUGGUCAGGCUGCACUCAGAGAAGCGUGCUUUCCCAUGGUCCGAGCAGGCAGCUCCCCGCCAUUUGCGCACUCACCUGAGUGUGAGAUUCUCUAGCUUUUCUCUCAACCUAGCAGUAGAGCAGAGCACUGCCAAGUCCAACAGUCGGAGAGCAGGACGUGUCCCUUGGGGUAGCUGUGUGUUCCCUUCUAAUUUUUAAGUGAGUGGCUGCUAGGCACAUCGAGGUCAUGCAGGCCUUUCUGUUAGUUUGGGAACAAAAGAUCGCUUUGCAAUUUUGUGAUGUUACAAAAGCAGAGAUGCUGUGUUCCCGCGUCCCUGUGUGAUCAGGUGUGAGCGAUUUGUCAAAAGUCUGGUGACAUGAUUGAAUCCUCUACUGGUUCUCUGAUGUCAUCUGAUGAAAACCAAGAGCAGUAAGUUGUGAGCAGCCUCCUGGAAGCAUCGCAGCUCCUCCUCCUCCUCUGCUCCUCUCUCUGCUCCUCCCUCUCAGCUCCUCCCUCUCUACUCCUCUUGCGCUGAGCGCUACCUGUGCCAGGCCGGGGCGUGUUACAGCACCAGGCCAUCACUGACAGAAACGUUUACUUAACGAAUGUUCUUAAACCAGUGUGUACUUCAAGCGUUUCCCUUUGUUUCUCCGUGUUGUGUAUUUCCUGUGUAUGUGGUUUUGCUUAGGCAGGAAUAACUUAGCAAAGACUUUAAGUAUUGCACCUUUUGGUUUUGACCUCUUUUUUUUUUUCCUUGUAAUGUUGCUUUUUUUUGUAUUUAAAUUGAGGUUUUUUUUCUUUUUUUUUUUUUUUUAAGCAUCAAUGUAGUAGUUCUCUGGGCCGAACAGGAGGCAACGUUUAAUCCAGUUAUCACCAAUUUGUAUGUACUUUGUUGGAAUCAAAAUAUAUCAAAUUGCUUAUUGUGAAGAGUGACAGCAGACCUUACGGGAACCCCUUUGCACCAAGCAGCUGGGGGCGGGUGUGUGUGUGUGUAUGUGUGCAGGUAGUGUGCUAGCACUCAUGUGAAUGUCCCAGUCUGCAUCACACAGUUCAACAUGAAGUGCCGACAUUCUGUACCAGCAAAUACCUGCCCAUUCCAGCCCCUGGCGGGAGCAGACUUCUAUCCUCUGUAACUUGCUGCUGUUGAGGACAAGGGAGUUUUUCUUUCUUUAGCAUCUUCAGUGAAGGACACAAUAAUGCCUAAUGUAUUUGACUUUCAGCUGUGUCUUUGUGUAGGUGGGUGGAUGGGUAUGUUAUAGGAAAAGGAGGGGGAAAAAUUAUUUACAUGAGAGUGGUUUUGUGAGACAAUGAAUGGGAAAAUCUGUAGUCCUCUUGGCUUACCCUGUUGAUUAUAAACCUAGCCUUGAAAGAGAUUGACAGGCAUAAUUCAAGUGAGCACUCGUGCGUACGGGGUUGUGGGAGCCCUCCACGGGUGGGUAGGCGAACUUGAGUGUGCAGUGCUGGUUUGUUCCCAUGGAUGCCUUGUCCAAACUGACUGUGCCCUCCUCCCGCUCUCUGGUUUUCAUUGCCACCGUGCCCUUCCCACCUUUGCCCUCCUACAGAAAUGUCUCCUAGCCCCGUGGACUGACCUCUGCACUGAGCAGAGCCCUGUCAUUGUGACAGGUAGCCUCCCGGUGAGGCGCAGCUUGUGUUCAGACAUCUACAGACAGAAGGCUAGAUCUUGGUGUCCCCAGGCUAGGAGCUCAUCUCAAGUCUCCUGUGAGCCGCUGGGGGACUGUCCACUGCCGCUCUUGGUUCACGGCCAUGCCCUGCCCUGCCCUCUUCCUCCUGCCUGUUGGGUCCUUGACCUGCACUAUGGCUUAGUUGAGUUCCUUACGAUACUACGGUGAAAGCCGGGUGCUAGAGCCCCUCUUGUUUACAAGACAUAAAUGAGGGAUUUGAAAUAUGUAAAAAUAAACACGAGAAGCUAAAAUGUUCUUCCAUCAUAAGCUUAAAGGGAAAAAACUAAAAACUUUUAAAAAAAAAAAGACCAAAAAGUGCAUGUGUGUAUAUAUAUAUUUAUAUAUAUACAUAUACAAAUACAUAUAUAUGCAUACAUACACAUAUAUAUUUUAGAUGAAGACUAACUCUGGGAGCAUUUAACAGUGUUUUUUUUUUGUUUGUUUUGUUUUGUUUUUAACAUUUAUUUUCCUGCUUUAAAAUUUACAAGCAUUCUCAGGAAUUCUAGGGUAGGAAGCCAGUUUUUGAAGAUGGUUAUUUAACCGUAUCUUAUCCUAGAUAGGCGGCUGUUUCUUUCCUGUUAAUAAACUUUUACAAGUUCCUGAAACUUUAGAAAGUUUAAACAAUUUUUACAUAGACAAAACGUGUAAAAAGAAAAGUCUUCAAAUGUUAUUGUCAUACUGGGGAAUCACACAUUUUAAAAACUCAUAGAGAUAUUUUUAAAAAAUGACCAGUUUAGCAGCAAAAGGUAAAUUUGUUCACUUUGAACCUGUGGGAGAAGGACGGAGCCUCCGAGAGCUCUCCUGGGCCUGUGUGAGAUCAGAUGUGACUGGAUGGGGACUGUUUGGUGCACAGAGGAAAUGUUGCACGCCACCUUUGCUUCCACGAAAGACUAAACAGAAAUCUCCCUGGCCUUUUGUUUUAAUGGAGCCCUUCUCCCUGCCCUCUAAUCCCAGCAGCAACAACAACAAAAGGAAUAAAGACAACAGCUUAAAGAAGGAAGAAAAAAAGUAACUCUAGCCUGUAAAAUAGUAUACAGUUGGAUUGCUGAGAAUAUAUGUAAAGAGUUAGGAAAUAUAGGUUAAUAAAUUUCGGAACGAAUUUUAAAUAUAGGCAUUUCUAAAGGAAAAUUAUGGACUGUUCUCUUAAUGAAGAAUGUCUUGUCUCACCUCCAUUGGUAAUGGGAGGAGGAGAAAACAUAGAAUCUAAUGAGGAACAAGUGAUUUUACUUUGCUUUGCUUUUCUUUUUAGCUCCCAGCUACUGUUGUGCUUGUUUUAAUAACUUUUGAAAUCUGCUGCUUAGUUAUCCCUAUCCCUGGAUGGCGGAGAUGUGGCUUGUCUCCUUUCAGUUGGGUGAUGUUGAAUUCUCUUUUUGUAUUCCCUCCAGGGGCUGGGGGUCAGAAUUCCCAAGCUUGACCACAGCUUCUUUCAAACAUUAAGCUCCUGGGUGGGAAAGAAACUCUUAACUCCACUGGUGAAGGGAGUGGGUGGGAUUGCUGCCUGAUUUCUCUAAAACCGCUUGAGUGCCUUCAUUCAUAUAUACCCAGACAUCCUUCACGGCUGCCCAUAAAACUGGAGUCGUUCUGGAUGGGCCCCAAAGGCAGUGGGCUAGAUGAAAAUAAGUAGAUAAAAGUCAAGGCAGUUAAAUACGCUUUUAUGUCUUGAUAGUGUGGAAUGCCAAGUUCCUUCCUGUGUUGCCAGCCCCUGCUUGAGUGCAUUGACUUCUUAGCCCAGCUACAGUGUCUGGGAAAGUGUCUGCACUGGGCCAGUGGAAGGGUUCCUAUUUUUCUACUCCUGUCCUCCGUUGUCCACCCCUUACCUUCUCCCGUCAUCUUGCUAGAAGCUUGGAAUUUUUGGUUGGUGUAACCUUAAGAGCAGGAUUUUCGACCAGGUGUCUUGGAAGAGGGAAAACUCUUUUCUUUCCUUGGUAUUCAUUGGCAAAAGCCAUGUCUACAAAGGAGCUAAGGGACUUGGUUAAGCUUAGAAGAUUCAGUGGGAGCAUCCUCUCUUCUAGCACAUUCUGGCACGUGGACAGAGGCUUGCAGGUCUACCCUCAUUACAUAGGUUUAUUUAAUAUAUAUUUUCAACAUAGAAGUGUGAGCGUUCCAUUGUGUACUAGCUUCUAUUUAAACAACAACAACACUUGAUUUCUAGUGGCUGGGUUCUGACCAGCACUUGAGUAGCCAAAAGAAAAGCACCAAUAGGGCAGGGGUGUCUUCCUUCAGGCAGGACCACCUCUGCUGCCAGGGAGACUGUUGUGAUCUCAUUUAGAUGUGAUAGAAGAUUAAAGAAACAGAUGUUCCCAUAACACCUCUGAACACUCAGUCCCUUACCCUUGAAAUUUCCCACUUAGAACAUUCACAGGAGUAGAUUUAGCAAUGCAGCAAUGCUGGUCCAAUCCCAGUACCACAAAGUGAGAUUGCAAGCCAAAUUCUCUGAUUAGUGCCCCUUCCCAGUGAAGCAACAGCCUCCAUUUAUUGCCAGUUAGUUUUACUUACAACAGCUAGAUUUUUGUAUUCCUGUGGCUUCUGUUCUAAUAAUUGUUCUCUUCUGACGUGAAUGUAGCAUAUAUCAGCAAUUGGUCCUUCCAAGCCCCUGUGGCUUGAAAGUCUGCUGUAAGAUACUCAGUGGGGAAAAAUUGCUGCCUAAGAAUUUGGAAGCUCCUUUUUUAGUGUAUCUGUCAGAAAUUAAGAGUUCGUGGGCUGUUAACGUGUUGCAAAUAUUCACUCUCAACUUCCUUUUUGUUUGUUUGUUUAUCUGGGGGGUGGAGACGAACCCAUGCCAGGAGACACUCUCCCGCCAAGCCUCGCCCUCAGCUCUUCACUCUUGCUUUCAUUCUUGGCUGAGGGGAGUGAGGGGUGAGCAGGUUUUGUGAAGUUAAUAGCCAGAUUCCAUCUUGACCUCAGAGGAUGUAUACGUUUUCAUUUUACUUUCUGUAUUCUGUGGUCCGGCUCUUCUCCUAGUGUCCGUGCUGAACAGAAUGCUUAAGUCAAGCCUGUUUUUCUCCCCAGCAUAAGCAGGCUGUUGUCAGCAUUCUUGAUUAUAAUAGCCAUCUCUAGUGUUAGGGCACGCCUGAGUCUUUGUACAGAAUGGUCCCAUUCUUUCCUUCCUUCAAAGUGAAAAGCUUUCUUGUUUAUUGCUUUGCAUUGUUUUUAGUACCCAUAAGGUCUUCAGCUAGGGAGUACAGAUACAUUUUUAGCUGGUUAAAAGAAGAAAAAAUCACUUUCCAGUUUUUGCCAAGUGUUGUCACAUUUCAUUGUCUAUGCAUUUACUACACUUCUUAGUGUCACUGCAAAAAAUCAGUCUUGUUCUAUGAUGGAUUUCCUCCUAGGAGUCUAUAAGCAAAGCUACAUGUGAUUACAGCGGAGACUCUUCUGACUUGUGAAGUAUAGAGUGAACUGUCCAUCUCUGGACUUCAGUCGCCAUUCAGAAUCCAUGAGAGCCCUGACACAUACCAUGCCAUACCAUCUUGGUUCCUUGUCUACAAAGACAGGGUGUCACACAUUCUAGAAAUGCACAACUCUCCAGAAUGCUGACAAGGGCAUCCUCUGAGUCUGUAAGAGCCUAUAGCAUCCUCUGCCUCCCCAGAGCCUGUACAGCCUGCGGUGCAGUCAGCGGGCUCCUUCUCAGGCAUCAUCUCCCAUUCAUCACCCAAGAGGUAGUCAUAUCACAUUCUGUAGAUUUGAAAUAAUUACCAACCCUGAGGAUUAUUAUAGUAAUAAUAAUUUGAAUCUCAGCCUUCCCUACAUCACCUCCCCCUCCCCCCAUACUGCCAAAGAAGGAAGUCAUGAACAUUUACAGCAUGGUGAAGGGGACUCCGGCUGGGGUGCAGCGGCUCCACCAGCUCAGCACCCAUGUGAGGAUACAGUCACCAAUUAGAUCCCUAGUGUUUCCAAGUAUUUUCAUCAUCUGAGUAGUUUUUAAACUGUCAGUCUCUGUAAUCUCUUUUUUCUACCCCUCUGCCACCCCCUCCCCCAAAAGAAAACAGUAGCAAAGUGACAAACUGCCAGUGUUUGCCUCACAGAAGUUAAAUAGUUAGAUUUUUCAGUCAGCUGUACACCAAGGUUUGGGGGGGGGGGUUGUUGUUUAUUUGUUUUUGUAUUUGGGUGCUUUUUGCUUUUUUUCCCACAACCUUCUGGGGAAGAGUGCUGCCUUGACCAGUAGGCGUCUGCAAAGCUGCCAUUGGCUCUUGUCUUUUCGUGGGAGAGAAGUCAGAUACACUUCAUAGGCCAGUGUAUUCUGUUGUAAAGUCAGGAGAAACGGUGUUCCUAACGCACUAGGUGCCUCGACUUGGUUUUCAAUUUAUGAGUCAUUGCUGUGGAAAUAAACUUCCAGUUACUGUUAGCUCUUUUCUAGCCAAUAUCAAUAGUUAGGAUGGUUUCUUCAAAAAGAAGCCCUUCCUUCCUGCUGUUACUGUUUUCUUCUCCCUGGCUUCCUGGCAGGUUGUGCAUUAGGGAGUCCACUGGCUUGUAAAAGGAAUUAAAGGCAGAGGGAGCUGCCUCCCUGUGAGGACUGGCGCGGCAGCAAGGGGCGCCAGCCGGUCCAUGCUGGAUGUGUGCAGGCCAAAAAGGACAAGGGGGGGUAUUUAUGCAAAACAAAGCAAAAACUUUGGGAGCGCUUCCAGUGUCACUCACCUUGUAAAGGUAGUGUGGUUUCUCACCAAGUGAUGCAUUCCAGUGUGAAGCUCUUCGCCAGAAAUUUCUAGGGAGGAUACAAUAAAUGUGUUUAAAACACCACUCGCCCAUCCCUUUUAAUUUUCCCCAAGGAAUCACUUUUGUGGAGUAUUUCUGAAUGUGCCUUUGUGAGUCCAGAGACCUUCUGUUUUAGGAAGCGACCACCCAUUGGGUAAAAACACUAUGAAGGGCCCCUUAGUCUUAGGGAAGUCUGGGCUUCUCCCAGCAGCCCUAGGGGCAGCUGUGGGGUUUGAGCGCCCGUCAUUGUGCAGUAGUGAUUUCGGGGACGUGGGAGGGAAGGUGACAAGGUGUGCCAUCGCGCCAGGGCCAGGUUAGCCCAGUACGGUUUGGCUCUCUCCAUCUGCGUUCCCUAGUUUUCUUCGUGUACGUAUGUGUGUGCAUGUGGCUUUUAAUGUUUUUCUGUAAGCACUGGAGAGUUGGAAUAUGGUGAUCCUUGUGUCCCAUUCAUGCAUGUAAAGAAGGCAUUUGGGGCUUGAGCAGCCUCCGGGCCCCGCAGUCUUACCUUUCAGUCAAGGCCCUGGGAAGGCUGCCCUGUCCCCAGUGCUAGUCAAGUUGCAUUGCUGGUUAUACAAACAGGGUAUUGCACACACAGGAAAAGGUGUUGAGUUGAGACUGAUGUAUUGGAGGAAGAAAAAAAAGAAAAAUCUGAAAUCAUUCUGUUUCUUCAGAACGCUUAAGAGCUAAACCGAGAAAUCAUUUGUUUUUGAUGUUUGUUUCCAACAAUUCCACCUCUUCUCCGCCCCUAUCUUCUAAAGAAAGAUCCAGUGAGUGCUGAGGGCCAUCGCCACCAUUCCCCAGAUCUCCAGGAAGCGGAGCGCACAUCUCCCUCCCGCUUCCUCCAGGAGGACUGCGGGAGGAGGGGGGCUGCUGCUCCAGGGCUUCACUCCUUCCUCCAAUGGCCUUGAAAUGUAUUAUUAUGCAAAUGUGAAUUUUGAUACUGAAUUUAAGAAGAGGUUGUUGGAUUUUUUUUUUCUUUUCUUUUUUUAAGAUCCAUAUGUGGUCAUCGUUGCUUCUUUAUUUUGUAUGGCAAAUUGUAACUAUGCAUUCUGUGGGGGGGAUGGGGGGGAGAGGAGAAAGAAGUGACUUGGCACCCUUGUUCUCCAGUUUCUGUGUCCAUGGACUCCCCACACCCUCCAGGGGUGGGGAGUUGAGAAGGGAUGGGCUGAGGCCAGCCGGGUGGACAGACAGGCUCUCCCAGGCCUCCCAGCCUGCUUGCUGGCAGGUCUGAUGGCCGGGCAAAUUCCAGGGGCCAGCACUUCCUAUCUACCAGUGUGGCUCGGGAUUCUUGAUUCUAGCCGUGCAGUGUUAACCCAGAGCCGCAGUGGAACCCACCAAAGGCUCCAGUGUCCUCUGGACAAAAGUCCUCAUCCUUCCUGAAUCCAGAACCCUUGCAAACUCAGGAAACCAUGCCUCACUUGUGCUGGCCUUGACAUUCAUCCUUACGUGUCCAUUGGAAAACUCCUCUCCUUUUUACUUUCUCUUUUUUUCCUUUUGCAAUCAUUGUUUGGUGGAUGUACUCUUUUUAGUCCAGAGGAAACUCCAGCACUGAGGAAGAGGACUGCAGCCUCCUGUUGCUUGGCUGGUGAAAAAUCAUUCUCUUCCCCAUUUGCCACCCCACCCUUCCUUUGCCUUUUUCCUCUGGACAUAGCUGGUGAGCAGAGGUAGGUGUGUGAGGCACAGGAAGACCUGCAGACCUCCUUCUCUUCGUUCUAACAAUUCCCUUGUUGAUUGUGACUGUGACAAACUGUGACACCUGCAUUGCUCUGGUCUAGGCAUUAUUUGCAACACACAGCAUGGUGAGUGAGAGGUGUGGCCUGUAUUCAGUGUUUUCCAUGCAGCAAUUUUUGUUGAUGUUCACAGUACUGUAACGAGUAACAGACUUGAUCCCAGUCCUCGUGCCUGACCGGGCGGUUCAGGCACGAUCUUAUCAGGGUUCCAAUCUGUUAGAUUGCCUUUAAACAAACAAACAAAAAAGACAAAAAAAAAAUCCUGAUGUUUCAACUGUCUAACACAAAACAAUACCUCGAGGUACAUUUUCCCUGCAGUGUAAAUCCUCUAGCCUGUCUCCUUUCUGUAUUGGUGGGUUGUCCUUUACAAAAUAGGGAUGUGUAAAUAGCAGGAUAACUUGGAAACAUUUUCUUUGCUGUGAAAGUAACCCCACAAUAGGAUGUUUUGCAUUUUAAGCCAUCAGAAGUUUCCAAUAGGAAUUUUUUCAUGUUUUAGGAGAAAGGCUAGAGUCGGUCAGCAGUGAGUUUACAUUUGUGAUGGGACUGUUCUCAGACAGUGACAGCACACCGGUGGCUAAGCGCUGCCCCCAGCAGGUCCAUCCAUUCGAGCUUCCAGUCCCUGACGGGGGGCGUCUGAGAUGCUCUCCCCCCAACCAUCGGUCCCCUCCAGGGACUCCAGAAGGUUUGAAUACAAGACUGGGCUGUCAAUCUUUCAUGUGUGUGUGUGCACACACACACACACACACACACACACACACACAAUUGUUCUGUAGUCCUCUAUGGGAUUUAGUCCCUGGCAUUUGGAUGCUCUGGCAAUGUAUUGUUUCUUGCCUAGAAGGAAACUCAUCUAAGGACACAUAGACACAGCUCCCAACGGUGUAUCCUCAGAUCCUCCUCCCUCCUGACGCUGCUUGCUGGAGAGAAAUACAGGAAACACAUGCUGCUUGGAGGAUGCUCUCAGCUACCACCCACCUAGUUUGGGCCACCAUGAGGUAGGGCCAGCACACAGCUUGUUGAAUAGCUUCCUCACACAAGACCCCUUGUGCCCCACUCCACGCUAAGUCCUCUCUGUCUAGAAGCCCUUUUAGGGUGUGUUCCCUGACCUUUGUAGUGACGACUUCCUCUGACGGAAGAAGCUUGAUUGUAAGUGAUGCACAUGACCCCCCACCCCCUCAGACUCGGGCACUGUUGCUGUGGGUUUCACUUGUUUGUUCGGAGGCCCCUCCUCCCAUCAGUCUCCUUCCCUCUCUCUAUCUGAUGCUCCCAAAGGGCUUUGCUGAUCUCUGCGCCCCUUUCCCGGGUCGCUCCCCACUACCCCCUUUGCACACACACCAGUGACCAAAGUGUACGCAGUGGUCUCACACAAGACAUCAACAUGGUGCACGCACCACGAGUGUGCUCACAGACACGUGCACAAGCUUCUGCACCCUUGGCCUUAAUCUCAGCAUGACUUAAGGUGCAGGACCAUUUUUAACAGGUUUUAAAAAAACAUGAAAAAAAAAUCCUUCUGGGAGGGAAAAAGGCAAAACACAAAGCAGAUCCAACAGCUCAAGGGCACCCACUCCCAGCUCCACUCUUCGCUUACAACCUCUCAUUGUGUGCCCGCCCCGCCUCACCCCCGUUUCGCAUAACCAAAAACAGACAAAGCAACCUGAGAAGAGGUUUCUGGACUAUUUUCUCUUUCUCCCUUUCGAUGGAGAUACAAAUGCUGCUUUGGGUUCCGUAAUCCUAGGGGGCUAUGUUUACAUAGUGAAAUAAAUACAUCCUACCAAAUCAGGAAAACAGUGAGUGGUGGAGUCCCUUCAGCGAGAGGGCACUGAGGCCAGACUGGGGACAGGACAGGACCUGGGAGCGUGGCAGAGGAGAGACCCUCACUGAACCCAUCGUGACACAGGGCUCUGACCUCCUCUCCUCCCUCCAGGGCGCUCCUCGCCCCUCCUAAACAGAAGGUGCAGAGAAGGGCCUGAGAAGGGGGCUGGAUUUUUAACAGAGGCAGCUCUUCAAUUUUGCACACAAACAGAAAGUCGAGCGAAACCCUCUCUCAUCUGAAACACUCAGCAGAAACCCGUCAGAAGGAUUAACUAGCUGCACAGAACCAUGCUCUCUGCAAGUUACCUAUAAGUGUUUGGUUUUCUUAUACUUGAAAUAGCUUUUACAAUAUUAUUUUGGUGGCUUUCUUUUCUCUCUUCUGAUGGGCCGUAGACAGUGGGUGGUGGGGUCUGAGGACACUCGUGGAGAGGAGAGGGAGGAUAUGGCAUUCUUUCUUUUACUUUUUAUUUUUUGACAUAGAGGUUUAAUCAAACUCCCAUAUGUUGAAAAUUGCUCCUCAUAUUAUUGGUUUUACAUGGACACAGAAACUAGGCACUUUAGAGGUGCACUUGCACGGCAGGCUGGGCCCCCCUUUUCUAUAUCUUAUUUUACUUUUUUUAGUAUAGUGGUACUUAAAAUCACUGGUUCACUUAAAAAAAACAAUAAAAUGUUAAACUCUACUAAUGUACAAAUAAGCUGAAAAGUUGCAUUUUGUGUAUUUUUUGCCAUAGCAGGUACUGUAUUUCUCAUGCUGGAUUUCAAAAAAUAUCUAUAUAUCAAAAACAAACAAAAAAAACUGAAGGGUGAUGUUUUAUUGGAUUGUGACAGGUUGAGUAAUAAGGAAUUAAGUCGUCGUCAUUUCAUUAAAACUGAGAGAUGAUGUAAUGCAUAUAUAAGAGUUUUCUGAAGGGUUUUUUUGGGCUUUUAAACAGCUUAUUUUUGUUUUUGUUUAGUUUUUUAUUUUUAUUUUAUUUUGGAAAGAUAUGAUUGUAUUAUGUGCAACUCAGUUGCUUACAUUAUAACUACAAAAUAUUUUUGGGUUCCUGGAAAAAAAAAAGAAAAAGACUAAUAAAUGUGUUUGGCUGCUAAGCAUUUAC